UGACAUAGCUCCGUCUGUCGACAACUCUCUCCUCCAUUUUCCCAAUUCGUCAGACGCUACUUUAAUUAUCUCGACCUGAUCGCGUUUUAUAGAGAGUGGAUUUGUUCUUGAGCGUUCCGAUUGAUCUUCUGCGCGAUACUAAUAAGGAUCUGCGACAACGGCGAGCUUGUCCACCUACCCGAAAAUAAAAGGAGGUCUACUGGGAGCUCAAUCAAGGAAGUUGUAGGCUCAACACACCAGCCUUCGCAAUUGAAUUCUACGAAGCUACUAUCUCUACAAUCCCAUUCAACACCGGGCCAAAACUCUUCGCGUCCCCUAACUUCCACCCAACCACCACACACACAAAAUGUCCUCCGCAUCAUCCCUCAACUCCGCCCCCCCCGCCGCCGCCGCCCCAGCCGGAAAACGCAAGCGCGACGCGCCCAUCACCCUUCAACCCUCCUCUCGCGACGCCUCGGGCGAAGAAACCACCGCGCCGCCACUGAACCAGCAUCACAAGAAAGGCGGGCCGGGAGGACUCGCGAUCGAGACCCAGCGGAAGCGUCAGCGGUCCGGAUUGGCGACGGAGAGGUCGGUGGGUAGUGCAGACGAGGAGGAGGAUGAGGAGAGCAGCAGUAGUGUUGGGCUGGGAGGGGAUGCGAUGGCGGCGCCGCCGGUGGGGAGGUUGACGGAUCCGGUGGGGUAUAAGACGAAUGCGCCGCCUGAGGGGAGGGCGGUGAGGGUUUAUGCUGAUGGGGUGUUUGAUCUUUUUCAUCUGGGACAUAUGCGCCAGCUCGAACAGGCGAAGAAGGCUUUCCCGGAGGUAUACCUGAUUGUUGGGGUGACGGGGGAUAAGGAGACGCACAAGCGUAAGGGCUUGACUGUGUUGUCUGGACAGGAACGCGCGGAGACGGUGCGUCACUGUAAGUGGGUGGAUGAGGUGAUUGAUAAUUGCCCGUGGAUUGUCACACCGGCGUUCUUGGAGGAGCACCAGAUCGACUAUGUCGCGCACGAUGACCUGCCAUAUGGAGCGGACGAGGGCGAUGAUAUCUACAAGCCGAUCAAGGAGGCGGGCAAGUUCCUCGUCACCCAGCGCACGGAGGGCGUUAGCACCACUGGGAUUAUCACGAAGGUCGUCCGCGACUACGAGAAAUACAUCGCGCGCCAAUUCAAGCGCGGCACCUCGCGCCAGGAACUCAACGUCUCAUGGCUCAAGAAGAACGAGCUGGACCUCAAGCGCCACGUGGGCGAGAUCCGCGACUCCAUCCGCAAUAACUGGACCUCGACGGGCCAGGAGCUGGGGAAGGAGCUACAGCGCUUCUGGCAGCCUAGUCGGCCUGCUAGUCCGAUGCGGGGGCUGAGCGGGGGGGCGGAGGGGGGUGCGGUGGGGAGUCCGAGGGCGUUGGGACAUCUUAGGGAGAGGUUGGAGUUGCCGGGGGGGUGGGGAAAUGGGAAUGGAGGGGAUUUUGCGACGGGGUAUAGUUUGGGACUUAUUGGGGGGGUGAGGUCGUGGAUGACACGCAGCCGCUCGUCGAACAGGAACAGUCGCCAGGGAAGCGAUGAUAGCGAUGCCGAUGACAGUGAUGAGAAAUCCCCCAACGAUGAGAAGUCGCCUACGAGGGGCCGCACGGGAAAGGCGGACACGACCGCGAGCACAAGCCGUGAUGAGGAGACUGCACAAGCAUGAAUAGUUCCAGAUCCUUAAUAGGCUUUUACGCUGCUGGAUCGAGUGGGGUGGGUAGUAGAUAGAAAGGUUUUGCUCGUGGCAAGCGACCGUGUGUGUCUGGGAAAUGUUGUUCUCUUCGAAUCAGCUGCCGCGUAGCUGUGUGUUCAAACCAAGUUAUUAUUUUAUUUCUCGUGGGUUUUUUUCUUGGCGCAAUGGGAAAGCAGGGAGAGCGGUAGAUAAAAAUAUUAUAAAAUGGCUGGAUCGGAUAUAUAUGGCUUGUAUUGUAGAAAAGUGGUGGGCGAGCAAUGCUGAUUCUGAAGGGGCCG